AUGAAGUUCGUACUCAGCCUUGCCUGGCUAUCCCUCGUUGCAGGUGCGACCAUUCGCAGCCCACAGCCUCGUACAUAUGAUGGGUACCAAGUCCAUCGCGUCCGAGCUACUGGAUCUCAAUAUGCUGCAGCAAAGCGAGCUCUUGCUGCUGUCCCUCACGAGACUUUGAACGAGAUUCGUGGAAACCUGGAUGUUCUUAUCGCACCCGGGCAGUUGGACGCCUUCAAGGCUUUGGGGCUCAAGUCCCGAACCUUGCAUGAGAACCUGGCCGAUUCUAUCGCCCGGGAGUCGCACGUCAAGAAGGCCUGGAAGAGGCAAACUAACGGUUCAGAAGAUGCGUGGUUUGAUAGCUACCACCCGUAUGAAGACCAUAUUACUUGGUGGCGCGAUCUACAGGAAUCGUUCCCAGACAAUUCAAACUGGACGAGCACUGGAAUAUCUUUUGAAGGGCGCGACAUGUUCGGCGUUCAUCUCUAUGGAAAAGAUGGUCCAGGAAAGCCUGCGGUCAUCUACCACGGAACUGUUCACGCUCGUGAAUGGAUCACUGCUAUGACCAUCGAGUAUAUCGCCAAGGCCCUCACCGACGAAUACAAGGCCGGCAACAACUACACGCAAGCCAUUCUGGAUAACUACGACAUCUACAUGUUUCCCUUUGUCAACCCCGAUGGCUUCGUCUUUUCUCAAACAGAUGACCGCCUAUGGCGCAAGAACCGUAUGCCGCCACCAGAGAACGCUGCCAAUCAAACAUGCUAUGGUCGCGACGUGAACCGCAACUGGGAGACGAACUGGGAUGCUGACCCACGCGGAGCUUCAACAGACCCAUGCUCGCAGACAUACAGGGGAGAAGCGCCCCGCGAUACGCCUGAGAACCUGGGAAUGGACAACCUGAUCCGCAAGAUCCGCGAUGAGCAAGGCAUCAAGCUAUACAUUGACUGGCACAGCUACUCCCAGCUGAUCCUGUACCCAUUCGGCCACAAGGAGACUCUCUACGCGCCAGAGCUCGGCAUGUGGACCAAGGCCGCUGCCUUGAUGAGCGAAAACAUUGCCUACUACUCAACCAAUGCGACUACCUACACCUACGGCCCUAGUGGAGCAACCUUGUACCCGACAACCGGUGCGUCUAUCGACCAUGUGUACACUAUUGGUCGCGCCAAGUUCUCUAUGACCAUUGAACUGCCCGACACCGGUGACUUUGGCUUUGUAUUGCCUCCGGAGAGGAUCAGGCCCGCGGCUGAAGAACAGUGGGUGGGUCAACAGGUACUGCUGAGCCUGUUGGACGAGGAAUUCUUCGAUGGCGAAGGCCCAGCGAUUGGUGCACUCGGCAACGUCAACUCGCCACAGGUCGUACCUGAAGCUUACGAUGAUCUCUCCGACGAGUAUUCAAGCUAUCAGCAACGCGUUGAGAACCGCGCUUCUGGUACUGCAGCGGUGGAGGCUGCAAAGCAUAAUCGACGACGCGACGCAGCAUUGUCACGUCUCCACAACGUGUUCGACGGCAAGAGUGACUCCGGCGACCAGAAGCCAUACAGUCAGACUGUUAGCGCCAACAGCGAGGACGGAAGUCUAGGGAAGCCUGAGCAGCCAUCCACGCCCAAGAAGAACCGCGUUCCGCUCCUUUGGCAUGGACUACCAUCCCCAGAAACGCCGACGUUUCACAACUAUACACGAGCCAUCCCUUCAGCUAGCUCUGCGCAAGAGGAGCUAUCAUGGCGAACUUCCCUCGAGGAGACCAAGAACGACGUUGAGACUGCCCUAGUGAAGGCAAAUCACACUCCCAAUAAGUUUUCGGUACCGACGCAGUCUCCUAUUGACAACGACAAGGCGAACGACGGUUUGAAGCCUAUAAUCUCCCAGGCUCCCGAGGAUGAUACCGGGGCUGAUGCGAGACUGGCUCGCGAACUUGAAGAGUCUCUGAACCCGACGGCCACACGUCGCAGUACCAGACUGCGCACACAGCCCAAGCCAUCGUACAAUAUUCAAGUACCAAUCGCAGCGCCCAAGUCUCUUCGCAAAUUGUUGCCCGCGACGAAACCAACGGAGUCUUCGGCACAUCAAGAGUUCAGCUUCAGCACUGAGCCUAUCAAGGCCGACCCUGUACCCUUCGAUGGACUGCCCACUGUUCACUCGCUGUCAUGGCAGUUGCAAUAUCCGCCCGGAGGGAGCACACACCCGUCAUACCCAUAUCCUUCUCUGGACCCUCGUCUGCUCUUCCACCAAGCCUUUGUCCCAAUCAUUGGCGGCUUACCUGACUUCACCUUGGUUCAAAAGCUUGUACUUCCUAUGGGCUGGAAGCAUGUUUCAUGGUCUGGCCUGCUGCCGAUCGCGUUUGAUCCAUAUCGUCAAGCGUUUAAGCUCACACCGGUUGGGCCCAUGCCGCUUACGUGCGAAGAACUUCAUCAACAAGGCUUGCACAUGUAUGUACCAGGUGGCGAACUACAUCCUGAGUACGGACUGGUACCCGAGAUGCUCAAACUCAGCGAUGGAAGCGACACCGAUGUUUUCAACUUCGACAGUGUUGAUUGGGUCUUGCCGUGGAAGGGCCAGAUAGACUUCCACGCCCCGUCCAAUGCCACCAACGAGCAGCUCGGCAGCUAUGAGAUUACCAGCUCCGUCGGCUCCGACACUUUCGCGCCCGUGACCACCUUUCCAUGGAGGGAAGCCCGCGACUGUCCAGAUAAGGUAUUCGACAUCUGCGAUGCGUGGCGUUGGCUAUCGUUCAAAGAGACCAACCCUGACGCGGACUUCAUCCCCACGCCUGGUAUGAACUGGCGAGGAACUGGCGCAAUACGCUCCACGCGCAAGCUCAAGUUACCUAUCCCCGAGCUGAUGAUGCUUGCCAUGCCGGACCCGACUACAUCAGAGAACAAGCAUAUUGUGUUGCUUCAGAACCAAGAUGAUGGAGUCAAGGAUAAGAAUCUGUUUUGUCCAUUCAAGAGUGUUGCAACAUCCGUUACGGUGGACAUAACCUUCCUUGGCGACACCGAGUUCACGAUCAUGGAGCUACUGUCGUACUUUCCUCAGCACUACUACUGGGGUCAUGCCGCUGAGCGUUUGACAAAGGCGGGCGUCACCGGAACUCAAAUACGGGAUUUUAUCAUCAUGACACGAGGGCUUCAGGGCGACGAGAUCAAGAUGGGACACAGUAUUACUUGUGCAGCUAAGCUUGCCCAGAGGAGGGAUUGCGUUAAGGUCGAAGAGAUGGAUAUUGAUGAAGUCGGGAAGGAUACACCAUCACCUACACCCGCUCCGGUCAUCGAUUCCACGGUUGUCGACUUGACUUCGAGCUAUACUGCUGAAGGGUGGAUCUACGAUGUAUGGGAGAAAAUCGACUACCCGCUUCUUGCCCUCGCCCAUGGCUUGCAGUCGUUGCCUACAGGCGUGGAUGCCGGUCCGCUGACCGCACUCAUACACUGGUGCCGAGAGAAAGGUCGGUACAAAGCCAUGCUUAGCGAAGUUCCUGCGCUGCUGAAGGAGGCAAGCAUUGAGCCGCUGAUCGAGCCUGGCGAGAAUGGCUGUCCAGAUAAAGAAGUCGCAGGUAGACAUGCUGGGGCACUGAAGAAGGACAGACUAAGGGUGGUUAGAGAUGCGGGUGCUAGCAAGAGGGCACUGGAUGUUAGUGUUGGUGGGACUCAAGGAAAGAGAAGGAGGGCUGGGUAA